UCUACAGCAGAUUCGAUUUCUCAGUGGGUUGACAAUGGUUGCAGAGUCUACGGUGGAAGACCUCCUGAAAAGGCCUCUUUACGUUUAUGAUCUACCGCAGGAGCUUCUCUCCACCUUGACCACGAAAGGUGGCGACCAGCCGCUCUCAAUCCAGAAUGGGGAUGACGUGACACCCGAAGAGUCGAAAGGCGAGGUAUUGGAACAUGCGGUCGCCACAUCGAAUAGCUGUCCCCUCUGCAAGGUCACAUACCUCAAUGUGCAGGAGCAACGCGACCAUGUGCGAUCGGACCAUCACAAAUACAACCUGAAAGUGCAGCUCAGGGGUGGUCCCACACUAGACGAAGUGCAGUUCUCGAAGGCGAUCGGGGAGCUCGACGAGUCGAUAUCCGGGUCCGAGUCGUCGGAAGGGGAGAACGAGGAAGAGGAGACCCAGCUUACGGCCCUGCUGAAGAGACAGGCCAGGAUAACGCAGGAAGCUCAGGAGGAAGAGGAUUCGCCAUCCAACAAGAAAUCUGCGGGCCGACCUCCGCUGUUCUGGUUUUCAAGCGCCGCACUGCCGUCAAACGUCUCGCUCGGUGUCUACAGGGCUUUGUUCUCGGCUGUUGAGCAGGAUGAGCCCCAGCACCUCGUCGCCUCCCUGCAGAAGAAGCAACUUGUGCCCAUCAACGCACCCCGGAAUGCUGCAGAUGAGCAAGCGAAGCCCCCUCCUCCCAGUCCCCAUAUCUUCAUGUGCAUGAUUGGUGGUGGUCACUUCGCCGCCAUGAUUGUAUCACUGGCCCCGGAAAUUCAUCGGAGACAAGGUGGCAUUGAGGAUCGCCAGGCUCGGGUGAUUGCCCACAAAACCUUCCAUCGCUAUACAACGAGAAGGAAGCAAGGUGGCUCGCAGUCUGCCAAUGAUGCUGCCAAGGGUGCCGCGCAUUCGGCCGGUUCGAGCUUGAGACGAUACAACGAAGCGGCGCUGGAGAAGGAAAUUCGAGAGUUGCUGUCCGAGUGGAAGCAACUGAUUGAUGAGGCGGAGCUGCUGUUCGUUCGGGCGACGGGGAGCACAAACAGAAGAAUUCUGUUCGAGAAGUACGACGGCCAGAUGUUGAGACAGAAUGACCCAAGGCUUCGAGGGUUCCCGUUCAGCACACGCCGGGCCACCCAAGCCGAGCUCAUGCGGUGCUUUAAAGAGCUCACAAGGGUCAAAGUGAGCCAGGUAGACGAGGCCGCCCUUGCAGCUGCGGCGGCCAAAGCAAAGGAGGUGGCAUCAAAGCCGUCGACACCACGGCCGCAGCAGCAGAAGCCCAAGAUCUCGAAAGAGGAAGAGGAAGCCAUUCUCCACACAACACAGAUUCAAGCGCUGAUCCGGCGCUCCAAAAUCCCCGCUCUGAUGGCAUAUCUCUCCAAGAAUGCCAUCCCAUCAUCCUUCACGUUCCGCCCCUCGGAUUCCCAGCAAAACUUCCGCUGUCCAACGUCACUCCACUUGGCUGCCAACCUCAACUCGUCGGCCAUGGUUCUAGCACUUCUGACGAAGGCCGAUGCGGACCCGACGACCGUCAACUCCGAAGGAAGAACACCCUUUGAACUCGCAGGCGACCGUGCCACCCGCGACGCGUUCCGCAUCGCUCGCCAUGAGCUGGGCGAGUCGAAGUGGGACUGGACCGCCGCGAAGGUUCCGGCACCCAUCUCCAAGGACGAUGCAACCAGCCGGCUGGAGCAGGAGCGGAAAAGCGCAGAGGAGGAGGAGGCCACCCGACGCAAGGCCGCGAUGGCGCGCCUGCAGAAAGAGGAGGCGGCCCGCGCGGCCGAACAAGCCUCCAGAAAGCCGGUUGGCCGUACCCUGGGGGCUAUCGAGAAAACGGCGCAGGAGAAGAUGGAGGAAGAGAUGCGCGGGAUGACGCCGGAGAUGCGAAUGCGACUGGAACGAGAGCGGCGCGCGCGAGCGGCGGAAGAGCGCUUUCGACGCAUGCAGGGCGGCAGUUGAACUGCACCAUGAAGUAGAAUCCUGUGGCUUGACUUACUGUAGCGUUGCGAAGGGAGCAUAUGAUACCUUGG